AUGCCGGCUUCUUACCCGCAGCGAGCCCUGACGGUGCUGCUGCUCUUCGGCACGCUGUCCGCCGCCGUGGCCCUGCUGGCCUCCAGCCUCAUCUUCCAGAUCCCGUCGGGGCGGCCGGGGCCGGUUGUCGGUCCGGCUCGAGGGGCUUUACCGGAGUCGGCGGCCGCCGUGUUGCUGCCGGUAUCGGCCGUGCUGGCCGCGCUCUGCCUCGUGCUCAACGUGAGCUGCCUCUUGCUCUGCCUCCUCCACGGCUACUUCAGCACCGAGCUGUGCCGGGGGCAGCCCGGGCCCGACCGGGCAGACUGGUUCCUGCUGGACAGCAGGACGGUUCGUCACGCCGCCGUCGGCUUCUUCUGCUGCGGGCUCUCGCUCUACCUCACAGCUCUGGCCAUUUACAUGCUGCUGCUGUUUGAGCUGGAGGCUGCCAUUGCCAGUGCCUGCAUCCUCUUCUCUGGCAUCGUGGUGCUGGUGCUGACGGUGACACACGCCCUGCUCCGUGCUGGCCGGGCCUCACAGCGCUCCUGCUCCAGGGCCUCUCACACCCUGUAUGAGAAUGACUCAGCCCAGCAAGGCCAAUCCUCCACCAGUGACCUGAACAACAAGAAUGAAGCUGCUCCUCGCCCCAGGCCUGAGAUCCACAGGGAAUUCUCUUUCCCUCCUUUCCUGGAGCAGAAAUCCCAGCUGGGUUCUCCAGCCAGCAGCAAGCUCACCUCCUCAGGUAGCCCAGGGCUGUGCUCUGAGAAGGAGAGUUACAAUGUGCCCAGGAGACACAGGACACUGUGGGCAGAGCCAGGGCUGCUGCAGGCACAGGCUGAGCCCUGGCAAGGUGUCACCAGGGAGAUGAGGAACGUGCUGUCCCGUAAACCCGGAGCCACGGCCAAGGACUCCACUCUGGUGUGA